AUGAUGCUUUUUUCAGUGAUCAGAGCAAGUGUCCCUAAGCUGCUUCUUGAUGAUGUCUUUGAGCAGAAGAAUGAAAUUGCCAAAGCUGUUGAAGAGGAGCUCGAGAAGGCAAUGUCUGCUUCCGGUUUUGAGAUUUUUCAGAAGAGAUGUUGCCUCCUUGCACGCAGAGAAGAAGGUUGGUUCUCAUUGCAGGAGCUGUUGCAGGAGCUGAACCAGAGGCUUGUUAAGCUGAGAGAGGUGGAAGAGGCAGCAGCGCAGGGAACGAGGAAGGGGAUUUCCUUUGGUGAUCUCAGGUCUGAUAUUCAACAAGCCAGAAAAUCACAAGCCUGUACGUUCACAAACUCUAUUACUUCCCCUGUGUGCAUUGUUUUAGACUUUAGAUGUUCAAUGUAUGCUAUACCGGUCCAUCUCUUACUUGUAAACUACUAUGUGACAACAAAGAAGCUUGUGGCUUGA